GGCUGCAUCUGUCCGAGUAGGAGUAAGUUUGGCUUUACGGUAACCUCGUAAUUGAAUCUAUCAUCAAUUACAUCUCUUAUCUGGUGCGUCCUAAAUUUCAUUCAGGCUCGUCCGGAAAUAAAUUUGCUUCCCAAUAGCCCUUUAACUUUACGAAAAUUGAUUGAAGAUUUCCUGACUGCCUAACCAUUUUCCUGUCAUCGCAUAUGAAUUUUUUUCUUCAUACUUGCGACUCGACGUACGGGUUAUUCAUGUUGAUUGAAUUUAGUUGAAGGAGGUCUCUUCAUCUUCAAGACCUCUUCAAAUAACAUCUUCAUUUUCAAUUACUGACGGCUGUUUUCCCGAAAAAAUUCAAAAUUUAUUUACGGUUGCCUUCCCGAACAUCAAAUUUUUCCAUCAUGUUUCUUUCAUCUUUUGGAUCAUCUCAUUGUUCUGCUAUCACCGAGCACAGCACAUCAUGGAAGACGAUGUUGGAGAACUCACCCGAUGCACUGACUCAAGGCUCAACAUCGUCCGCAAGCACGGAAGCAGAUUCUUUUGGGUGUUCAACUGAAGACUCAGCGUCAGACUUCGACAAUGCGUCUACUUGUGGGAAACGUAGAUCAUCGACGUGUUCGACAGGCACCACUGGAAGCACGGCUCCUUCCAGUAGAGGUCAUUCGACGCCUCAUCGAAGCAGCACAUACACACACGCACACAGCCAUAGGAGAAGCCUUAGUAACAGCCCUGAAACCGACGACGAAGGAGCAACUUCCCCUGCCCGUCGUAUCGCUUCUGCGAUACUCAAUGUACCUCUCUCGGUUUCCGCACUGACAGUGGGAAAAGCAGCUGAGGUGACGCAGAUCUUGUCGGAACCUUUGUUACCUACUGAGCCGAUUCCACUGGGUUUGCAUAUCCAGUACUAUAGGAGUCAUGGAGGAAAUCGCAUUCGCAAUCGUUCGACGUCUGAUCCGAAAGGUAAAAACAAAAGGUGUACUUCCACUUCCUGGCAAGUCUCCCUCUCAAAAUCCGAUGGCUUGCUCACCCGAGAUGUGGAAAGCAUACUGCGUAUCAGAGGUUUGCGAGGUGAUAAAGUGAAACGUCGGUUGCGAUCACUGGUGGCUGGGACGAUCGACCGCUCUUUGCGAAGAUUGGAAUUGAUGCGUAUGAAGCAUGGACAGGCGAAAGCGAAGUUGAAACAUAGAAAUAUAUCUGAUAGCAACAAAAGGAAAAGCAAAAGCGGAAGUAUGGCUAUUUCCCCGGCAUUGAAAACGCAGUUUCCGCAAGAGAGCUUUGUGGUCGUGAAUGAUUUUGCCGUACAAGAUGCUCAACUCCAAGUUCAAGAAGGUGCCAUGGUCGACCCUCAAUACCUGUUGAGCGUGACUCGUGGCGGGGAGCACAUUGAUGGCAACUCAACAAAUCUUAAAGGCGGCCCAUCAUCUUGUUCCUCCACAAAUGCAACGGUGACGCAACUGCAAUUACCCAAAAGCCACUCCCGCGGAGGUGGCCUUGUUAAACUCCCCUACCGUCUCGGCAAGCAAGUAGUGACAACAUCGCUGAAACUGCAGAAAGCGUUGGUCUUUGGCCCAUCUAUGACGGUGACGAAGCAACUCGUGAUUCCAACAGUGAGGUUCACUAUGCUGGAUGGCAACCCCUUCUUCCAGCUCUUCCGCCGUACUCUGCGAAGCAACUCACCAGGUUAUCGACUAGGAGAAGCCGCAGUCGAGUACUACUGUGAGGUCAUGGCUUGGCUUUGUGAAAAAGGUGUUGGAGCAGCGCUGUCGAUCGUGCAUUCACUCCAAUUUGCGGGAAAAACUGGUGUGCGAACGGUUAGGAGCUAUCUGGCAUGGGCAGAUUGGGCUGUAAGGAGAGGUAAUGUAGUUUCUGCUGCUUAGAAUGCAGGAUUUUGAGUCUUGUUAAAUUGUUUUCAAUUUCAUCACGACAAAAAUGUUAAAAUUUUUAACUUUUUUAAAAAAUUAAAGUCUUUUCCGUGCGAAUUUGGCAUGCUCUGACUCUAAAUCCAACAUGCAUCAAAAACCCACGACAGUUAUGCUCCGCAGUCUCCGAGCCGGGCUCCGACUGACGACCAACCUGCUAUCUUUUGGCGCUUCCGUUCCUGCACACCUCUUUUUCGGUGGAGGUCACUGCAGCCACACGCGCAACGGUUUCCUCUUUUCCGCCAAUGAAUCUAGAAGUUUUCCGAUCACAACCGGUGCAGUCCGCAGGUUACGUUCUGCUACGACCUCAGUUGUGAGUCAACUAGCUGGCCUAACUAUGGGUGCAGUGGACGCACUAGUUCCUCCAAAGGAUGUGAUACCAAGUGGCACUCGUAUCGACCUCUGCUUCGCUAGUCUGGGGAAACUGCCGAUAAGGCGAGAAUGGAGCGUCAAGGUGAGCUUUGAGGAUGGAGAAAACAAGGGAGAUGAACAUGAAGUAGAAGGAACAAAGACAAGAACAGUCAUAAAAGAACUAGACGUAGACCAACGUCAUACACGUGAAAUGAUCAGACUAGUUCUCGAAGAGGAGUUUUUGAGCAUGAUAAAUGUGCACAGCGCGAUCAUCUUUGCGCCUAAUUUAGAAUCUGAUUAGUGACCAAUGAGCAGCAUGUAGAUGUAAUAGAAUUACUACUUGAAAUUAUAGGUAGAAUGAAGUACAACUGACUCAGCUCCUAGGAGUUGCUAGGGUUGGAAGAUGCAUAGUAACUGUAGUGAGAACUUCUUGGCUAAUCAAGAUCAGAUUACCAUGCUAUACAUAUAAUUUGAUAUUUAGAGAAGCUGAAAAAUAAGCGGCUAGAAGUAAGGAAGCUGAGAAUUAUGCGGCUAUUAUAGGGCUAGUAGGGAAUAUCGAACCUCCAUGUGUAACACAACAUUGAGGAACAAGACAACAAACAUAAGAACGAAUAUGGGAAGUAUCCUGUAAUAUCCUGCAAUUAUGCAGAUGCAAAU